AUGGGUCAGUUACUUUCUCAUCCGUUAACAGAGAAAUCAAUAACUUACAAUGAUUACCAACAUCGUGUCUCGUCAAACCAAUUAUCAAACUUAGUGCCUCGAUUCUAUAAUUGUGAAGGUACCAUGCAAGGUUAUAGAUUAACUCAAGAAGAUGCUCAUUUAGUACUCAACGAGGAUGAUAUCCUACAUGUACGAUUCUAUAACCCUUUCAAAUUGAUCACUGAGAAAUUAUCACUAAGUGUAUUUGGCGUGUUUGAUGGGCAUGGUGGUGAAGAUUGUUCUAAUUUCAUCAGUGGAGGUGGAUCUGAUCCGAAGAAUGGGUUAGCUAAAUGGAUUGCGUAUAGUUUUGAGAAUCAUAAGUAUGGUGCGUUUAAAGAUGUACAUCUUGAUUCACAAGCAGAUUCUAAAAAUGUUAAGAGGAAACAUCAGAGGUGUUUUAGAACGUUACAAGGUUUAAUUACACAAAUUCUGAAAGAUGCGUUUAUGCUACAAGAUAAUGAAUUAUAUAGGUAUUUUGGGAAUAAUUCAUGUGGUUCUACUGCUAUCGUGUCUGUUAUCAUAAAUGGAGAAUACAUUUAUACAGUGAAUUGUGGUGAUUCAAGAUGUAUAUUAUCAUCGAAGAAUAAUGGUGUUAAAACCAUGUCAUUUGAUCAUAAACCCCAACAUAUCGGGGAAUUAUUACGUAUAAAUGAUAAUGGUGGCACAGUUUCACUUGGUAGAGUUGGUGGUGUACUUGCAUUAAGUAGAGCUUUUGGAGACUUCCAAUUCAAAAGAGGUGUCCCAUAUACUUCUGGGAAAAAUAAAUCUAAAUUACAUCGAAUUACAAGUGGCAAUAAUAAUAAUACUAAUGGUAAUAAUAAUUUGCAUAAUGGUAACAGAAAUGGGACACCUGCACAAGAAUCCCAAGUUACUGUAGAACCAGACGUAUUGAUGCAUAAGAUUGACUAUAAGAGGGACGAAUUCCUAAUACUUGCUUGUGAUGGUAUAUGGGAUGUUUACAAUAACAAACAAUUGUGUAAAUUCGUUAAAUAUCACUUAUCUGCAGGUGUUAAAUUAGACGGAAUUGUUACCAAGGUUCUAGAUCAUGGUAUUGGUCAAGCUGAUAGCAACACAGGAAUCGGCUUCGAUAAUAUGACUGUAAUAAUAGUAGUAUUGAAUAAAUCGGGUGAAUCAUUAUCAGAUUGGUAUACUAAGAUGAGGAUACGUCUAGAGAGAGAAAAGGGAUUAGUAUAG